AUGGGGGAAACAAAAAUUAUCUACCACCUCGACGAGCAGGAGACCCCCUACCUGGUGAAGCUGCCCGUCGCGGCCGACCGGGUCACUCUGGCGGACUUUAAAAAUGUCCUUAACAAGCCCAACUACAAAUUCUUCUUCAAGUCCAUGGACGAUGAUUUCGGGGUGGUGAAGGAGGAGAUCUCCGAUGACAACGCCAGGCUGCCUUGCUUCAAUGGCCGAGUCGUGUGCUGGCUGGUGUCUGCGGAUGGUGCACAGUCAGACGGUGGCUCUGUGUGUGCUGACAGCCAAUUGGACCUGCCCCCUCCCUUGGAGCGCACCGGGGGCAUCGGGGACUCCAGGCCUCCAUCGUUCCAUGCCAAUGCUGCAGCCAGUCAGGACAACCUGGACAAUGAGACAGAGACGGACUCGGUGGCGUGCGUGCGGCGAGAGCGGGAGAGGCCUCGCCGGAGGGACACGGGUGGUCGCAUGAAUGGACACUCGCAGCGGGCGGAGAUGGGGGGCUAUGAGAGCUCCUCCACCCUGAUGAGCAGUGAGCUGGACACCACCAGCUUCGUGGACUCGGAGGAGGAGGACGCAGCCAGCAGGUUCAGCAGCUCCACUGAACAGAGCAGCUCCUCCCGCCUGAUGCGGCGGCAUCGCCGUCGGCGGCGGAAACCCAAAACCCCCCGCAUGGAAAGGUCAUCGUCCUUCAGCAGCAUCACUGAUUCCACCAUGUCUCUGAACAUCAUCACAGUCACCUUAAACAUGGAGAAGUACAACUUCCUGGGCAUCAGCAUCGUGGGGCAGAGCAACGAACGAGGAGACGGGGGCAUCUACAUCGGCUCCAUCAUGAAGGGGGGAGCGGUGGCGGCGGACGGCCGCAUCGAGCCCGGGGACAUGCUCCUGCAGGUGAAUGACAUUAACUUCGAGAACAUGAGCAACGACGACGCGGUGAGGGUACUGCGGGAGAUAGUGCACAAGCCGGGUCCCAUCACGCUGACUGUGGCUAAGUGCUGGGACCCAAGUCCUAGGGGCUGCUUCACCCUCCCCCGCAGUGAGCCAAUCCGGCCCAUUGACCCGGCCGCCUGGGUGUCCCACACCGCCGCCAUGACAGGAGCAUACCCCGUCUACGGCAUGAGCCCUUCCAUGAGCACCAUCACGUCCACCAGCUCCUCCAUCACCAGCUCCAUCCCUGAGACGGAGCGCUUCGACGACUUCCACCUGUCCAUCCACAGUGACAUGGCAACUGUUGCCAAGGCGAUGGCCUCCCCUGAGUCAGGGCUGGAAGUGCGGGACAGGAUGUGGCUGAAGAUCACCAUCCCGAACGCCUUCAUCGGAUCGGACGUGGUGGACUGGCUGUUCCGCCACGUGGAGGGCUUCACCGACCGCCGCGAGGCGCGCAAAUACGCCAGCAACCUGCUGAAGGCCGGCUACAUCCGCCACACUGUCAACAAGAUCACCUUCUCUGAACAGUGCUACUACAUCUUUGGGGACCUUUGUGGCAACAUGGCCCACCUCUCCCUGCAAGAGCAAGACGGCUCCAGUGGAACGUCAGACCAGGACACUCUGGCCCCGCUCCCCGUACCUGGGGCGGUGCCCUGGCCCCUGGCUUUUCCCUACCAGUACCCCAUCCCGCAGCCCUACAGCCCCCACCCCGCACUGGAGCCCUACGGAUUUCCCGCAGUGGGGGGCAGCGCCGGCAGCCAGCCAAGCGAAGGGAGCCGUAGCAGUGGCUCGAAUCGCAGUGGCAGCAAAAAGGAUACGAAGCCGGGACCAGGAGCGGCGGAGUCCAAAUCGGGCGGCAGUGGCAGUGAGUCGGAGCCUCGGCGAGAGAGGGCGCCCAGCGAGCGCUCCGCAGCGCCUCCCAGUGAGCACAGCGUGCGCAGCGCCCAUUCCCACGCUCACAGUCUGGCGUACGGCCCUCCUGGCCUGCCCCCACAGCCCCCGUCGGCAGUCUCCCUAGCCCCCCCUGGAUCCCCCCCCGGCCGUGAUCUGGCCUCCGUGCCCCCUGAGCUGACAGCCUCACGCCAAUCCUUCCGCAUGGCCAUGGGCAAUCCAAGCGAGUUCUUUGUGGAUGUCAUGUGAUCAGUGUCAGCUGACUAGAGGGCCUGUCUCAUUCGUGCUGAGAGAUGGGGGUGUGAGGAAAAAGGUGCGAUGGGAGAGGGGGGGUGAGAGAUGGAUGGAGCGUUACAAUGGCCGUCUGUGCCGCUGCCCCCUUCCCAUCAUCCCCGGCUGCAGCUUGUUGCUGCUACUUUCUUCAGUGAAGAACAAAAAAAAAGCAGCUCUUGUCUUUGUUUUCUCAAGAACCUCUUUCCGAAGUUCUGCGUCCUUCCCGCCAAACACUCUGUCCUGUGUGCCCCCUAGCCUUUGUCAUGUCCCUUGUCCUUUUGUCUCCUGUCCCUGCUCCUCCUGGGUGUCACUUUAUAAGGAGAAAGCAGAGUUCACUUUUCAUUUCUAACGGACUGAAUGUGAUGCGUUUCAUGACCGAUUAAACACAACAAUACCGUGGAUAUAAGCCAAGCUGACUGGUUUACUUUUUACCGUUUUCUUUAUUUUUCCAUAAAAAUGUUAGGGGUGAGAGGAAGAUGUUCUGAGUAAAGGUGACUGUGUUUGAUCUGCUCUGAAGACCUGGAUUAAUUGAAUUGGAGAGGGUAGUGGUUCUUUCUGAUGAUAUGACCAAGUCUUUUCUGGGCUGACUGAGGUACUAUUAACAGCUUUUUCUGCUAACCAGCAGUGAGUUGCCAUGGUAAUGUGCCAUCAGGCAGCUGUGUAGGGUGUGAGUGAUGUUGUCCGGCCCACAGUGGAGAUGUGGCCUUCACACGCCACAUGCAUGUGGAGUAACGGAGAAACGCGAACACGCAGACUGACGGCGGGAGCAAGCUGGUGAAUGCCAGACUUCUCCUUUCCCCUCUCGGCACAUUUCAGAGGUUUUACUGUUUCUUUCUGCAUACUUCAUUAUUAACAUAAAAAUUCUGUAUUCAGUUUCUCAUUUGUAACAUUAAGCCUUUCUGCAUUUUUGUCCUGACUACAUUUAUCUUUGGUUUUUAAUAAUUAGCAGAUAAUGUAUAGCGACAAACAUCCGAUUUCAUACAUACUGUACUGUAUGCUGUUUUAUGGAAAAAUGUUUUUAUUUAUAAACAUAGUUUUAUUGCCUAAAA